CGCCGCGCGGCCUCCGCUGGCGUCGGGGGCGCUCUCGUCCGAUAUGUUCCUUAGGUGGCAGCUUUUCCGGUCCUCGGAGACUCAGGACAAAAUGGCGCUUGCACGGGCCGCCGAGGACUGGCGGGGCCCGGCUGUGAGGUUUUGGUAUGAACAGGAUCCGGAUCCACGUCUUGCCGACCAAUCGGGGCAGGAUCACCCCAGUGCCCAGGUCCCAGGAGCCGCUGUCCUGCUCGUUCGCCCAUCGCCCAUGCUCGCAGCCUCGCCUGGAGGGGCAGGAGUUUUGCCUUAAGCACAUCCUCGAAGACCGGAAUGCGCCCUUCAAGCAGUGCAGUUACAUAUCGACGAAGAACGGGAAAAGAUGCCCCAGUGCCGCCCCGAAGCCCGAGAAGAAAGAUGGGGUGUCCUUCUGCGCUGAACAUGCUCGCAGGAAUGCCUUGGCACUUCAUGCUCAGAUGAAGAAGACUAAUCCCGGGCCCAUGGGUGAAACACUCUUGUGCCAGCUGAGUUCAUAUGCGAAGACAGAGCUGGGGUCUCAGACUCCAGAAAGUAGUCGUAGUGAAGCAAGCCGAAUUUUGGAUGAAGAUAGCUGGAGUGAUGGGGAGCAGGAACCCAUUACUGUGGAUCAGACGUGGAGAGGUGAUCCUGACAGUGAAGCUGAUAGCAUAGACAGUGAUCAAGAAGAUCCCCUAAAACAUGCAGGUGUCUACACAGCAGAAGAAGUGGCCCUGAUUAUGCGGGAGAAGCUUAUUCGUUUGCAGUCCUUAUACAUUGACCAGUUUAAACGACUUCAGCAUCUGCUCAAGGAGAAGAAGCGACGUUACCUACAUAAUCGCAAAGUAGAACAUGAAGCUCUAGGCAAUAGUCUUCUGACUGGCCCAGAAGGACUUUUGGCCAAAGAACGAGAGAACCUGAAGCAACUCAAGUGUCUUCGACGUUAUCGUCAGCGCUAUGGAGCAGAAGCUUUAUUACAUAGGCAACUGAAGGAACGCAGAAUGCUGGCCACAGAUGGUGCUUCCCAGCAGGCCCAUACCACUCGUUCCAGUCAGAGGUGCUUGGCCUUUGUGGAUGAUGUUCGUUGUUCCAAUCAGUCUCUUCCAAUGACCAGACACUGCCUUACCCAUAUUUGUCAGGAUACGAAUCAGGUUCUCUUCAAAUGCUGCCAGGGAUCUGAAGAGGUUCCCUGCAACAAACCAGUUCCUGUGAGCCUCUCUGAGGAUCCUUGCUGUCCACUGCAUUUCCAGUUGCCCCCUCAGAUGUAUAAGCCCGAGCAGGUACUGUCCGUGCCAGACGAUCUGGACGCCGGCCCCAUGGACCUGUACUUGAGUGCUGCUGAGCUUCAGCCCACUGAGAGUUUACCUCUGGAGUUCAGCGAUGACUUGGAUGUUGUAGGUGAUGGCAUGCAGUGUCCUCCUUCACCCUUGCUAUUUGAUCCUUCACUAAACCUUGAUGAUCAUUCAGUCAAAGAAAUUGCUGAAGCCCCAAUGGAUAUUUUGGACCCAGUGCACAUGACUGGAGACGGCUGUAGAUCUCGGAGUUCUGAGGAAGGCUCUGUGCCAUUGCCUCAAAGUGGAGUGGUCACCACAAAUGGAAAACCAGAAUCCACUUCUGUCAGCUGAUAAUUUGUUUUGGGAGGCCAUUUGGCUUUGAAGGAAAUUAAUGCCCCAUUCUUUAAACAAGGGUUUCUGAUCCCUUGACUAGACAACAGCUCAGACCAUGUGUUUCUUCUGAGCUACUGAACACUUUAGCAAACAUAAAAUCAAAUCUUGGGGAAGAGGACCAAAAGUGUCUAAAGGUUUGGGUGUCUUCUUACUCUGGGCAUGACAAAGAUAACUCUACAGAGAAGUUUUUGUUACAAGACUUGGAAAAUUGAAGGAGGACUCCAUGAAGGUGUUUAGUUGGGAACUGUGUAUCCUUGGAUGUUGAAUGAAUGGCCAUCUCUUUCUAAUGGACUACAUAUUACCCUUUUCUUAUUUCUCACAUAAUUGGGUAAUUGGGACUCCCUUCCUCAAAUUAACUCUGACUUAUAAAACCUCUGAGAAAAUAGCCCAUAGGACUGGGCCAUCUACUUAGCCAUCCAACUUGUUUCUGAUCUCUGAACAUAUCCAUAGUGGCUAUCUUAUGUAAGAUAUAAUUAAAAGAAAAAGUUACUGUAUAUAGUUUAUAUUAAAUGUUAUGAAAAUGUAAAUUAUUUGCAUGUUUGUAUUUAAGA